UACUUGAUCACAUGACAGACACUGUGAGGGAUGAGGACGGUGCUUGCUGGUUCCAGGAGGGCUCCGGGCUGUGGUGAAGGCAUGUUUAUUCUGUGGCUGGUAUUGCUGUUGUUCCCAGGAGCCCCAGCCCAGUAUUCAGUAGAUGAUCUCGGAGGGCUUGGUCGUAUGUUCGAUGGGAUCGGAGCAAUCAGCGGAGGAGGAGCAACGUCUCGGCUUCUUGUAAACUACCCAGAACCACAAAGAACUGAGAUCCUGGAUUACUUGUUCAAGCCAAAUUUUGGUGCCUCUUUGCACAUCUUCAAGGUUGAAAUUGGAGGUGACGCACAAACAACAGACGGAACUGAACCAUCUCAUAUGCACUACCCCGAUGAUCAGAACUACUUCCGAGGUUAUGAAUGGUGGUUGAUGAAAGAGGCAAAGAAGAGAAACCCUGCAAUAAAACUCAUAGGUUUGCCUUGGGCUUUUCCUGGCUGGAUUGGUAAUGGCAAAAACUGGCCUUACGAUUUUCCUGAUGUGACGGCUUAUUAUGUUGUGUCAUGGAUUAUAGGUGCCAAGCAAUAUCAUAACUUGGAUAUCGACUACAUUGGGAUUUGGAAUGAGAGAGCCUAUGACAUAAAAUACAUAAAGGUUCUGCGGCAUACUUUGGACAGGCUGGGUUUAACGAACGUUGGCAUCAUCACUGCAGAUGGAGAUUGGGAGAUUGCACACGACGUGCUAGUUGAUCCUUAUCUUAAUGAGGCUGUACAGGUCAUAGGUGCCCACUAUCCUGGAACCCACGCAGCACAGGAUGCUAUUCUGACAGGGAAGACUCUCUGGGCCUCUGAAGAUUACAGCACUUACAAUGAUGAGGUCGGUGGAGGUUGUUGGGCUCGGAUUCUAAACCAAAACUAUGUGAAUGGAAACAUGACUUCGACUAUCUCUUGGAAUAUGGUGGCCAGUUACUAUGAACAGUUACCUUUUGGUUUGGAAGGGCUGAUGACUGCCAAGGAGCCAUGGAGUGGAAAUUAUGUGGUAUCAACACCCAUAUGGAUCACUGCACACACUACCCAGUUCACGCAGCCAGGCUGGUACUAUCUCAAAACGGUUGGACAUUUAGACAAAGGUGGAAGCUACGUGGCACUGACUGACCGGUUGGGAAACCUGACGAUUGUCAUUGAGACCAUGUCACACAACAACUCUAUCUGCAUCCGUCCUCCACUGCCAGACUAUAAUGUUUCAGCUCAGUAUGCUACGUUCUACCUUCAAGGCUCCUUUAAAAACCUGCAAGAACUGCAGGUUUGGUAUUCAAGUCUGGACAUCAACAACACCAAACCUGUUACAUUCAAAAAACUGUCUCCACUAAAGGUACAAAAUGGUUCUUUCACAUUGCAGCUGGGGGUGAAUGAAGUUUACACAAUAACAACCCUGUUGACUGGACAGAAGGGUUCAUUUCCUGAUCCACCUGAAUCCAAACCUUUCCCUCUAAAAUACAAGGAUGACUUCAGUGUCAGAAACCCCCCCUUCUCAGAGGCCCCUUAUUUUGCAGAUCAGUCUGGUGUAUUUGAAUAUUUCACAAAUACUUCUGACCCAGGCGAUCAUGUCUUCACCUUUCGCCAAGUUCUCACUCAACGUCCUAUUACUUGGGCAUCGGAUGCUAACCAAGCCAUUAGUGUGAUUGGUAACUACCAAUGGUCUAAUGUUACAGUGACAAGUGACAUUUACAUUGAAACCCCGGACACCGGAGGGGUGUUUGUUGCUGCUAGAGUGGAUCAGGGAGGCUCACCGACUGACCGGGCAAAGGGUAUAUUUUUCUGGGUGUUUGCUGAUGGCACAUAUAAAGUCACUGGGGAUUUAAUGGGCCAGACUAUUCUGUGCAAGGGGCUGGCAGGUGUUCGUGCUAGAAGCUGGCAUACACUGACCCUACAUAUUGAUGGUACUAAUGCAUUUGGGCUGCUAAAUGGAAAUCCCUUGUGGAAAGAAGUUGUGACUGGAGGACCUUUGAAUGGCUGGGCUGCCAUUGGGACAAGCUGCUUUGAAUUUGCACAGUUUGAUAACUUUAUGAUUGAGGUCAAAGAUUCUGAGUGAGCCUUAUUCAGAAUGCCUUAUUUGCAAGUCUUGUAUAAACUCAUAGAAGACUGAAGAACUGACAGUUCUAUCAUAGACUGAUAAACUGAAGCAAAUGAUGUCAUGUUAACUGGGGAUAUGAAGAUAUAUUUUUCUAACACAACAGAAUUUAGAAGCAUUUCCUACAAAUGCUGUCUGCACUGAAUGAUACCCUCCUUUUCACUUUUUGUGAAUGGAGCAAGAUAUUUAAAAGAAGUAUAUUUUGACCCCUGAAGGGGCUAAAUUGUUUUGUCUAUAAAAACGGGUACAUAGGAUAUUGAUUCUUAAUGGAAAUUGCAAUACUUUUGUUUACGUAAAUCAAAAAAAUGAUAAGGAACUUUCUGGACCAUGAUAGCUGUAAGUUAGUGUCUGGACUUUGAGACUUUUUUUUACAGGCACAAAAUAAAAUGUUUUCUCCUACUAA